GUCACGGCACGCGCUGCGAUUGGUCCGCGGCCGUGACGCGCGCGGCGGGGCGGAAGUGGCGGCUGCGACCAUGGACAGCAGUGAUGACAUUGAAGACGUGUCUCUCUUCGAUGCAGAUGAUGAUGCAUCCAGGAGAUCCAAAAAGUCAAAAAUAAGGCACCCAGUGGCAUCGUUUUUCCACUUAUUCUUCCGAGUCAGUGCCAUCGUUGUUUACCUGCUCUGUGAGCUCUUAACCAGCAGCUUCAUUGCCUGCAUGGUGAGCAUCAUCCUCCUCCUGUCCUGUGACUUCUGGGCUGUAAAGAACGUCACGGGGCGGCUCAUGGUUGGCCUUCGCUGGUGGAACCAGGUGGAUGAUGAUGGCAGGAGUCACUGGGUGUUUGAGGCCAGGAAGGUGUCAGCACAAGGGGGUAAGGCCUCAUCUGAGGCAGAGUCCCGAAUUUUCUGGCUCGGCCUGAUCACCUGCCCUAUGAUCUGGGUGAUCUUUGCCUUCAGUGCUCUGUUCUCUUUCAAAGUGAAGUGGCUGGCCGUGGUGGUGAUGGGGGUGGUGCUGCAGGGAGCCAACCUCUACGGCUACGUCAGGUGUAAGGUGGGCAGCAGGAAGAACCUGACCAGCAUGGCAACCAGCUACCUGGGGAAGCAGUUCCUGCGGCAGACCGUGGCCACAGAGGACCAAGCGGCAUCCUGAGUGUGGGGGGAGCCUCCAGCAGGCUGCAUUCCCAGCAGCGACCAGCAGAGAAGUUGCUCUGACCAAUCUGGGAGCUGCACACAAGGUGUGAAUCAAAAGAAGUAAAUAAAUUCUGCAAGACUUGAGGUUAACACUCCUGGCAACUUAUAUUCCAUUUUCCAUAUUCUAGCAGUUUGUGUUUCAGUCUUCUCUUUAGUUUGAUUUACAAGAAUUAAUUUGCUUAAACUUUAAAUUAAAAGGUAGCCUGAGUGGGUUUCAUAGAGGUUUAGAACUACUGGAUGAGUUUAAAAAAUUGUUGGAGAUUCUUUGGAAAAGCCAUGUAGGAGCUGAGCCUGGGAGCCCUCCUGCUCCUGCAGCGCUCGUGCCUGGUGCUUUCAGCUGUGGGCCUGCAGGCUUUGCUCUUGGGGGUUGUUGCUGCAUCUGCCACAGUUUGAGGGGUGAUUUCCGGCCCUGCAUCCCUCGCUGUGUGACUGGAAUGGCUCUGAGGGCUGCAGUGAGGGGCAUCUGGAGCAAACGGAGCUGCUGGGAAGGCCCCUGGAGUCCCUUGGCAGCUGCAGAAGGUGACCUGUGAGCAGGCUCUGGCUUCUGCAGCCCUCACAGACCCGGGGAACGUGCUGAAGCCCCGGAUCUGGGGGAUCCCUGCAGGCCUGGCUGGCUGGAGAGUGGAAGAGCAGAAGCAGUUUCCAGGGAAGGCUGCAGCCCUGUGAGAGCAGCCCCUGCGUGCCUGGCUGUCACACUGGGGCCAUGGGGUGUCCUGGAGGGGACCCUGGGGCCGUGGGGUGUCCUGGAGGGGACCCUGGGGCCAUGGGCUGUUCCUCAGGCCAGCAGGGCGUGGGGAUGGGAGCUCCCUGGCACAGGGUGGCACUGGCAGCGUGUCACCCUCCUGCAGAGCAGCUCUGUGCUGUCGCUGAGCGGGGGAGAGCCUGUGUGGGGUGGCAGUGCUCAGUGGGGUGGCAGAGGUGGGCUCUGAGCUCGUCCCUGCAGGGGGAACAGCUCCUUCUCUGGGGCUCUGCCCCUGAGCUUGUGCUGCCACUGCAGCAGGUGCUGGGCGUGCUGGGGCAGGAGCUGGGAAUGAAGGAUGUGCAUGAUGGUUUCCUUUAUCUCCUGUUUGCUGUGGCUUGUGGGGUUGCCUUUCCUGGUUCCUCUCCCCGUGCUCUGCAGUACUGGCAGCUGCACUUUUGUUGAACUCUGGAUCGAUACCUUCCUUUUGUAAACACGUAUUUAUAAAAUCUUGAAAUUAAAAUGCUGCUUUGUUUAACCGGC